AGAACUUACAUUACUAUGUGUUCCUCAUUCUUCCAGGACAGAGAUCAGAGAGCUUCAGAGGCUCUCUGCAGUCUGCACUCUGAAAAACUCAAACUCUUCUGUCUGGACCAUCAGCAGACAGUGUGUCACAUCUGCUGCGCCUCAGAAAAACACACCAAGCACAGAUUCAGACCCAUCGAUGAACCUGCACAACAACACAAGAAGGAACUUCAGGAAACUCUGGAGCCCUUAAAGAAGAAGUUAAAGGUUUGUGAAGAAGUUCAAGUGAAGUUUGAUCAAACAGCAGAACACAUUAAGGUCCAGGCCCGACACACAGAGAGGCAGAUUAAGGAGCAGUUUAAGAAGCUUCACCAGUUUCUAGCAGAGGAAGAGGAGGCCAGGCUGGCUGCACUGAGGGAGGAAGAGGAGCAGAAGAGUGGGAUGAUGAAGGAGAAGAUGGAGGCUCUGAGCAGAGAGAUAGCAGCUCUUUCAGACACAGUCAGAGCCACAGAGGAGGAGCUGAGAGCUGAAGACGUCUCAUUCCUGCACAACUACAAGGCUGCAGUGGAAAGAGUCCAGCGCUGCCCCCUGCUGGAUGAUCCACAGCUGCCCUCAGGAGCUCUGAUAGACCAGGCCAAACACCUGGGCAACCUGACCUUCAACAUCUGGAAGAACAUGAAAUACAUGGUCUCCUACACUCCUCUCAUCCUGGACCCAAACACUGUUCAUCCAAACCUCAUCCUGUCUGAAGAUCUGACCAGUGUGAGAGGAGGAGAGAGGAAGCAGCUUCCUGAUAAUCCAGAGAGGAUUCAUUUGUUCUACUCUGUCCUGGGCUCUGAGGGCUUUAACUCAGGGACUCACAGCUGGGAUGUCGAAGUUGGAGACAGUACAGGGUGGGAACUGGGUGUGUUGGCAAAGUCUGUGGAGAAGAAGAAAGAGUUAUGUGCUGGAUUAUGGAAGAUAAAAUUAUGUGAAGAUAAAUACUACGCACACUCACCAUCAGCUCCUCUCACUGCUCUCGUAGUACAAAAGAAGCUCCAGAGGAUCAGAGUGAAUCUGAACUGGAACAGUGGAAAAUUGUCGUUCUCUGGUCCUGAUACUAACAAACACAUUCACACCUUCAGAGACACUUUUACUGAGAAGAUGUUUCCAUACAUUCGCACUCGUGAAGAAGUGAAGGUGUUGCCAUUGACAGUGUCAGUGUCAGUGGAGCAGGUGAAAUGAGGACGAUUACAUUUCUAAUGUUGUUUCCUCAUAUUAAGUUGUAUUUGUACUCUCACUGACAAAUUGUAAUAAUAUAAUCGUGAUGAAUUGCAAGACUGCACAGCUUUGGAGCGGGAUUGCUUUUAAGAUCCAAUUAAAAUCAAUGCACUCAGAAAGAUUCUCUGGAGAAGAUUAGAAUUCUUGAAACAGAGUUUAUUCACUGCAUCAUAUGAACAGCAAGAACAUACAUACAGCAGAAAGCGAACAAAGCAAAACCACCUGGGGUGUACAGCCUUUAGCACAAGCAGCAAAGGAACACAGAGACAGACAGAAACCCUUUGCUUUGGCUUAUCAUAAUAGGUCAAGACACGGUCAAACAUCGCACAUAAAUACUAACUAUUAAAUCUUACAACAGGCAGUCAGUAUAAUCUUUUAUUAUACAUAUACUAUGGUGAUCCUCAUACCGGUAUAUAAAAUAUCCCAGUGUGGGUUUAUAGUGUUUUUGUGUAUGAUUGUAUAGCAUUAAAAUUAUCCUUAAGGUGAUUUUAUCGUGAUGUGUUCAGUAUCUCUGUCAUAAUGUUACUGUUUUGGUUGUGGUGCAUGAAAGAGACUGAGUGAGUAUUGAGGGAUGGAGAGCGAGUUAUUCAGGAGAACUUUCAGUGGCAUUAACGGCCCUGUUACUGUACCACCUAAAUAAAUAAUGGUGAAGAAGAGUCUACGAGUAAGUUACAGAAUAUAUGUUCAAUGCAGAUAAAUAUGUAGUGUAUAUAGUUAUAUAGGUAUACAUAUUAUCCAAUAAUCCUCCAUGCCUGAACAGAAAACCAAUAAGAAUAAUUCAUUUUUGUU